UGCAUCUACAUUCUCAGAGCUGUCAUCUGGUCACCAGCACUCGUUUUGUCUAUUUCUCGCCCUCCCUUUGGAGCAAUUCAGCUGCUUUUCUUCUCCCCGUGUUAGGAACCUGCGAUAAAUAUUCUGCCAACGCUCCCUAAUUCAAGAUGGCCACAGUUUUUAAGAUGCUGUACUUCAGGUGCUGUGGUAAGGCAAUUGAGGCCCAGAACCUCCACCAAAGCCUGAACUUCUCGGAGUUGGAGGACUUCUUUGCCAGUACCAUGCCAGAUUAUGAUCUCAGAAAUUUCUCGGACUAUGAGGGCCUCUUUCCACAACCGUGUGUGUUCACGUACUGCUCCACCUUUGGCAGCAAAAUCCCACCGUUCCUGGGGGUAGCCAGCGCCCUGGGCAUCGUCUGCAACAUGGUCCUUCUCACCGCCUUGGCCCGAUGGUCCCUGCUUCGGGGCCAACACCGUGCAGACCAAGCCAAGCUGAUCCUCAUGGCAGCCAUGGCCAUCCUCUUUGCGGCCACCUUGCCAUUUUUCACCGUGGAGGUCAGCCAAGGUUGGGUCUUCGGCGACACCUCCUGCCAGGUGGCCCGCGCGCUGAAAUUCGGGUCCAUCCUCACGCAGGGGCUGCUGGUGGCCGGCUCCUCGUGGAGAACGCUGAGCGGCCGCCUCAACUGCCUCGUCCUUCUCACUCUCUUGGGGCUCGGGCUUCUGUGUGCCGUGCCGGCCGCCCUCAGCAGCAGCGUGGGGGAAGUCUGCAUGGCCAGCCAGAUCGGUGAGAUGCGCCCCUGGUUCCUGACCCACAUCCUACUCUGCCUGGCUGUUUUUGACAUCCUCCCAGGCGCCAUGGCCGUGGCCAUCCUGGCUCUGAAGUGGCAGAAAGAUAGCUUGCACUUCGACAGAACCUGGCUCUUCUACCUCUUCUGGGCCCCGUAUGGACUGGUGCUUAUCCCAGACAUGCUGGUUCGGGAGCAGCUGGUUUCCACGACCUGCCAGUUCCAGGAGGAUCUCAACUAUUUCCUGGGGCUGCUGGAGGGGCUGGGCAUCCUCCACUGCUGGCUGUACCCCCUGAUUAUCCUGGGGCUCAGUGUAUGUUGCCGGAGGCCCAUCAAAGAGGAUACAUGCUAAACUGAGCCAGCCUUUCCCAUGCUCAGCUCAUGGUUCCUGCAGGAACUCGCAUCUUUUUGUAUGGACUCUUCUUUCUACUCUUGGACACAGAAUAUUAUCAUAACAGCCUGGGACAGCUCGGCUCUGUGCCCUGACUACAUUUCCAGAUAGCUUUGCCGGCCACCUACUCUUUUCUCCUUUUGGCGCCGGGCAAAACCCUUUUUAUUUACCAGGCAUUUAAUAGUUAAAUGUGUCAUUUUAAUAUGCUUUCAUCAGAUGCCUCUAGUGUGCUAAUUUGAUCACUUGUCUCGGAGUUGUUUUAUGACCCUCGUUUAUGGCCUAAUUAUUGUUUGGAUUGUGACAUUGCUAUUCUUGUUUGUAUGUUCUACCUUUGUAAACGGCUCCGAGAGCCUCUUGGCUAUUGGGCAGGAUAACAAUGCAAUAAGUAAAUAAAUUGGGCAUGGGAGAAGACGAGUAUCGUAACCGGUGUGUGGAUGGCCGUGCUUUUCCUGAACUGCAGCCUUCUGACAUCGCUUGCCUUAGAUCUGAAUGAGAAGCAGAAGUAGUAUUUUCUGUUAAUGACUGCUGCAAAGCACCUCUUUUGUAUCACGAAGCCCGUCCGGCUGACCAGUUUCGACAAAUAAAGACCGCAGUGUGAAAA